AUGGGUCCCGACCCAGGAGUUCCCUAUCCGCUGUCAAACCUUCCGUACAAACACAAGCGCGAGAAACUGGCGCAACUGGGCGUCGUUAAUCAUCGUGGAAGGCAUUAUGUGGGCAGGCACAGAGGAUCUCGUGAAAGAAUUCCGAGUGAACGUGCUGGGGCUGCGAAAGAUUCGCAAGGGCGACGCUGGGUGGUCACUGCUGCUGGACUGGGAGGUGCUGCAUUCGUCCAUGUGGAGCAAGUACGUGGUGCCGCCGCCCGUCGAUUUGGACCAGCCUUGUACGAUGUCGUGGGCACCGUCACAAACACGGGCACUUCAUCGCAGUACACUCCGUCGCAAGCGUUACCCAUUUUCGUCGGGUCUGGGUCUAUGAUCAUCCCCGACGCCGACGCCACCAUCCAAAUCAUCGUGGAUGCCGCCGCAGGUGCUCAUGUCGCCCUGCAGUCGAGUUGGAGCGACAUGACGCACGGCUGUUUAGUGCAUAUUCCGCCGAACGUGUUCAUGCUGGGCAACUAA